CGCGGCGGGCCGGGGCAGCCGAGGCUCGGGCAGAGCGGCUGGGGAGGCUGGCAGGUGGCGCCGGCAGCGCGGGGAGAGCGGCGCCGCGGGGUGGGCGCUCUGGGCGAGAGGAGUCCGCUCCAUGCGUGCGGGCCGAGCUCGGCCCCUGCGAGCCGCCGACAUGAAGAAAGACGUGCGGAUCCUGCUGGUGGGAGAACCUAGAGUUGGGAAGACAUCACUGAUUAUGUCUCUGGUCAGUGAAGAAUUUCCAGAAGAGGUUCCUCCCCGGGCAGAAGAAAUCACCAUUCCAGCUGAUGUCACCCCUGAGAGAGUUCCAACACACAUUGUAGAUUACUCAGAAGCAGAACAAAGUGACGAACAACUUCAUCAGGAGAUAUCACAGGCUAAUGUCAUCUGCAUAGUUUAUGCUGUUAACAACAAACAUUCUAUUGAUAAGGUAACAAGUCGAUGGAUUCCUCUCAUAAAUGAAAGAACAGACAAAGACAGCAGGCUGCCUUUGAUCUUGGUUGGGAACAAAUCUGAUCUGGUGGAAUAUAGUAGUAUGGAGACCAUCCUUCCUAUUAUGAAUCAGUACACAGAAAUAGAAACCUGUGUGGAGUGUUCAGCAAAAAACCUGAAGAACAUAUCCGAGCUCUUUUAUUAUGCACAGAAAGCUGUUCUUCAUCCAACAGGGCCCUUGUACUGUCCAGAGGAGAAAGAGAUGAAACCAGCCUGCAUAAAAGCCCUUACUCGUAUAUUUAAAAUAUCUGAUCAGGAUAAUGAUGGCACUCUGAAUGAUGCUGAACUCAACUUCUUUCAGAGAAUUUGUUUCAACACUCCAUUAGCUCCUCAAGCACUGGAAGAUGUCAAGAAUGUAGUCAGAAAACAUAUAAGUGAUGGUGUGGCUGACAGUGGAUUGACACUCAAAGGUUUUCUCUUUUUACACACACUUUUUAUCCAGAGAGGGAGACAUGAAACUACUUGGACUGUGCUUCGACGAUUUGGUUAUGACGAUGAUCUGGAUUUGACACCUGAGUAUUUAUUCCCCCUGCUAAAAAUACCUCCUGACUGCACUACUGAAUUAAAUCAUCAUGCAUAUUUGUUUCUCCAGAGCACCUUUGACAAGCAUGAUUUGGAUAGGGACUGUGCUUUGUCACCCGAUGAGCUUAAAGACUUAUUUAAAGUUUUCCCUUACAUACCGUGGGGGCCAGACGUGAAUAACACAGUUUGUACAAAUGAAAGAGGCUGGAUAACCUACCAGGGAUUCCUUUCACAAUGGACGCUCACAACCUAUUUAGAUGUACAGCGGUGCCUUGAGUAUUUGGGCUAUUUGGGCUAUUCAAUAUUGACUGAACAAGAGUCUCAAGCUUCAGCCAUUACAGUAACAAGAGAUAAAAAGAUAGACCUGCAGAAGAAACAGACUCAAAGAAAUGUGUUCAGAUGUAAUGUAAUUGGUAUGAAAAACUGUGGGAAAAGUGGAGUUCUUCAGGCUCUUCUUGGAAGAAACUUGAUGAAGCAGAAGAAAAUCCGUGAUGAUCAUAAAUCCUACUAUGCGAUUAACACUGUUUAUGUAUAUGGACAAGAAAAGUAUUUGUUGUUGCAUGAUAUCUCAGAAUCAGAAUUUCUAACUGAGGCUGAGAUCAUUUGUGAUGUUGUGUGCCUGGUAUAUGAUGUCAGUAAUCCCAAAUCCUUUGAAUACUGUGCCAGGAUUUUUAAGCAACACUUUAUGGAUAGCAGAAUACCUUGCUUAAUUGUAGCUGCAAAGUCAGACCUGCAUGAAGUUAAACAAGAAUAUAGUAUUUCACCUACUGAUUUCUGCAGGAAACACAAAAUGCCUCCACCACAAGCCUUCACUUGCAAUACUGCUGAUGCACCCAGUAAGGAUAUCUUUGUUAAAUUGACAACAAUGGCCAUGUACCCAGAGGAUCAUUACAGAGACAGAAUCUCCCGAGACAUGGGCAACACUGAUAGAAUAGAGAAUUUGAGAAAAAUCUGGGUCUUUCUAAAAACUGCUUUCCAUGCCCGGUUACGCUGUAUGUGCACCUGCAACAGGUGUACAUUUUGCAUCUGUCAGAACUUCCUCAACUCAGACUUGCUGCAAUCUGUAAAGAACAAAAUCUUCACUGCAGUUCUUAACAGGUUAAGAGCCCGGGUAGCUGAGUGGGGUGCCAUGCUGUUAGCAGACGACGAAAGCAGUAUUACUCACCAGGUGCACGCCGUCAGCUCUGUAGAAGAUUCCAUCUUCAUGGAGUCAUCUCAUGGCCCACUUUUUCUUGAAGCCAGGUAACAUUUCCCACAACCAAUGAGUUGUCCUUGUUGGAGUUUUUCCAACCAGAGAAACUGAAGCAUUUUCUUCCCUAACCUUUUUGUUUGUUUGUUUAAAUAAAACAUUGCCUGUUGGAAUAACUAACUUGCAAGGUGGAAAGAGCUGAUAUUAUCACUUUGGUUUGUAAAAUAUACUUAUAUGAAGAGUGAUUUUUUUUUUUAAAUAGAAACUGGUGAGGAUGAGAGAUUUGAGUGCUGUGUGUUGCUUUGCCGUGGUAAUAAGCAUGGAGCACUCUGGCUUGUGUUCUGGCUUUUGAUUCUGGACGUUUACAGGUUGCAUUUGGUGAUAACAUAGGAUCUGCUGGGACUUGUCCGGAGGCAAAGUAGUUUUGUACAGCCUGAAUUCUUGGCUUUUAAUUCUUUUGCAUAUGCCAAUGUGUUGGUCUUUUAAUGGCAUGUGACUUUUCUUCAAAUCUGUUAACCUAGUUGUAAAAUAACCUAAUAAACUAGACACUUUCUCUAAGCUCUUAAUUCUGUUAAGUUUUCUACAUCAUGUCAGUUGUGUUUACUUACCUGAGACUUCAGUGACACUUGAAUAAAAUGUUGCAACCUUUCCUUCAAGGCUUUAUCCUCUUCCUGGUAAGCUGUCAUACUUGAGACUCGAGGGCGCUUGGCAGAGUUAUUAACUGAGCAUGCUCACAGACUCAGUCUGGUCCAGGCUGGCCCUGUUCUUGUCAUGCAUAUUCUGAUUUCCUUUACGUCUUACCUUUCAUUCCAUCAUGUUACAUUGUGUCCUUUGGUUGGUACUAUUUUCACUGCCUGUCUCACUAACACCAAGGGCUUUGGUGUUUUGUUUUGUUUUGUUUUUUUCUCUUUAAUUAGCAGUAACCAAAUUAAUGCACACUGACAAAUCUUCCUAUCCCCUUUGGGAUUUUUUUGGUAAAUUUUUGGGGGGUUCAAUGUUUCCAAAGUUGACUUUAAUUAUUGCUCUUAGAAAAGUAUUGUCACUUGUCGCUGAACUGCUUACAAGAUAGCUUCUUGUUCCUGGGGACAGGAGAUUGCACAUUAUGUUAAGUUCCACAGAUGUGACCCUCACAAGUGUGAGAUUUCAGCCCCGAUUCUCAUUUUGAAGGACAGUAGUGGUAUUAAAAGUAAUGGGUUGAUUUGUCUUCUUCAUUUCCCAUACAAAGAAAAUGUAUAAAAUUUUACAUGUCUAUUCCCAAGUAAUAGCUAACUGCAAAGACAUUUGUCUGUAUUAAUGUCUGCUUUAUGUCAUUUUCCUAAGAUAAUGGUUUAGCAGUGUACACAUGGCUAUAUUGAUAAAUGUUUUUGGUAAGCAUUACUGUAUGCAAUUAGCCUGACAAGUGUGCUAAUACUUCCCUAAAAGUAGACUAUUAUGACUAGUGAAAAGUUUUCAUUCUAAUCAUGUUUUAAAUAUUAAU